UUGGGGUUACUUAUUGUGGGAUUCGGGGUGGGGUGCAGAGGAGGACGCUGCAAAGGCACGGACUACAGGGGGCAAUCUGUGAAGUUGCGCCCCAGGGGUGUCCUGGGCCCCUGGACACGCGGAAGGGGACCACUGCAGUUUUACAGUAUAAUUGUGAUUUCCCACCUUUCAAGAAUUUUCCGAAGAAAUACAGCUCCCAGCUAGACUGAGGCCCAAGUACUGCCUUGGUCCAGGAUGGCUAGAGAAUCGAAGGAAAGCGCAGCCUUGGACGCCCAGUCUGCAGAGGACCGGACCGGGAUCCUGACCGUGAAGGUGGAGAAGGAGGAAGCCUCCGCCUUGGCUGCUGAGGCGGGCGCCCCAGGCAGCCCAGCUCCGGGCUCCGAGCACUCCCGCCAGCGCUUCCGAGGCUUCCGCUACCCGGAGGCUGAGGGGCCCCGCGAGGCUCUGAGCCGGCUCCGGGAGCUCUGCCGACUGUGGCUGCGGCCAGAGGUGCACACUAAGGAGCAGAUCCUGGAAGUGCUGGUGCUGGAGCAGUUCCUGACCAUCCUGCCGGGGGACCUGCAGAGCUGGGUGCGGAAGCAGCAUCCGGAGAGCGGGGAGGAGGUGGUGGUGCUCUUGGAGUAUUUGGAGAAGCAGUUGGAUGAGCCGAUGCCGCAGGUCCCAGGUGGUGACCAGGGGCAAGAACUGUUCUGUUGCAAGAUGGCAGUGUUGACACCAGCUCAGAGGUCACGAAAUACCCAGUUCCAGCCAAGAAAGGCUCCACUCAAGCAUGAAUCUCUGGGAUCCCACUCCUUACCAGACAGAAUUCUCCAGGUUCCUAGGCUUGCCUCUGGAGGGCGCUGCAGAGGAGAUGAAGUGGUAGCCGCCAGGCUUGCCCCAGAGUCCCAGGGGCUGCUGAAAAUGGAAGAUGUGGCCCUGACCCUCACUCCUGGAUGGACACAGCUGGAUUCAUCUCAGGUGAACUUCUACAGAGAUGAAAGGCAGGAGAACUGUGGCAGCCUGAUCUCCUUGGGUGGUGCAGUGCAGACGAAGAUCAGGGACCUGCCUCCAGAUGAGGACCAUCCAGGACAAGAGUCUGGGCAGAUGCCAUGCCACCUGGGUGAAGCCAUUGGCCAGAUUCCUGCACGUGCAGAAGCUGGUGAUCAGGAGGGCAGGUUACAAAGAAAGCAGAAAAGUGCUGCAGGGAAUAGGCGGCAUUAUUGCCAUGAAUGUGGGAAGACUUUUGCUCAGAGUUCAGGCCUGACUAAGCACAGGAGAAUCCACACUGGGGAGAAACCCUAUGAAUGUGAGGAGUGUGGCAAGACCUUCAUCGGGAGCUCUGCCCUCGUCAUUCAUCAGAGAGUCCACACUGGGGAGAAACCAUAUGAGUGUGAGGAAUGUGGCAAAGUCUUCAGUCACAGUUCAAACCUUAUCAAACACCAGAGAACUCACACCGGGGAGAAGCCCUACGAGUGUGAUGACUGCGGGAAAACCUUUAGCCAGAGCUGCAGCCUCCUUGAACAUCGCAAGAUCCACACUGGGGAGAAGCCAUACCAGUGCAAUGUGUGCGGCAAAGCCUUUAGGCGCAAUUCACAUCUCCUGAGACAUCAGAGGAUCCACGGCGAUAAAAACGUUCAGAAUCCUGACCGUGGAGAGACCUGGGAGAGUCAGGGGAGGAUGGAAAGCCAGUGGGAAAAUGUUGAGGCUCUCGUGUCUUAUAAAUGUAAUGAGUGUGAGAGAAGUUUCACUAGGAAUAGAAGCCUUAUUGAGCACCAAAAAAUCCACACUGGUGAGAAACCCUAUCAGUGUGAUACAUGCGGAAAAGGCUUCACCCGAACUUCAUACCUUAUUCAACAUCAGAGAAGCCACGCUGGGAAAAAAAUUCUGUCUCCAUGACCCAUGUCUUAUAUGCCAGAGUUGGUGCUCACUCCUCGUUGAACUGAAGCCACCCUGGAGCCCUUGCUGACUAGAAAAUUGUGAGCUGGGCUUUAUUUACUCCCACACAUCAUCACCUGAUGAUUUGUUAGAAAAUAGAGACUGGCUGAGGUGAAUUAUCUUCUACAUCUUAGAAGGUGAUUGAAAACAAAAAACAACUUGUUUGCUAGGAGGCUAUGGGAGAGUUGUCUGGAAGAGGUCAGACCUGAAAUGAUUCUCACCUUUUAGACUUAAAUGGGCUUCUAGACUGGCUAAUUAAUCACCCUCGGCCAGCACUUUAUGACGUCUCCUGGGUGGAUGGCUCUUAUUUGGGGGGCUGCUGCUCUGACUGUCCAUUUUGCUUAUAAUGAAUUCCUCACCAGUUGGUUGGAUCAAUGAUGUCUUAUACCCCCAUUGUGCCUUGCAUACAGGUGCUAUAAACAUUUAUUAAAUAUACCAGUGAAACGACCUUCAUAGCUCUGAA